AUGGAGAACACGUUCGACAAGACGGCGGUAGAGACGAUUGAUCUUUUGGAAGCGCGAUUGCGGAGAAUCGAGUAUGCAGUCUGCGGUCAAGUCAAUGAGUCCACUCUCUCAGGCAACAAGACAUCAGCAGCACGGCGACUUGCUGCUCUAGAGUAUUCACUUCACCAGCUGGCCUCGAAAUCAAGAGUGGUUCAAGAACUCUUAAGGCUACAUUCUAGACAUCCUGAUCUCUUCCAAUCUCUGAGCUCAAAUGACUUGCCAACCACAUUGGACGCCGAGAGCCUCCUAUCCAUCAUCAUGGCCUCAGCAAGCACGUAUCCCGCUACCGCGUCGCGUCUUACUUCUAUCCUCGACGUGCCGGUCCCACCGGCUGAACUCUCAGCCCAGCUUAUUGACCUCCAACCUCGAAUUGCCAAAGUCGAAGCACUUCAAGCCGCGCAGAACGCAGAUAUAGCACAAUUGAGAGAACGGAGCGCGGCUGUUAUUCAACGGUGGUAUACAGUGGAUAUUUUACGUGCUGGAGAAAGCUGGGCGGAGUUGGAGGGAAGGGUUGAGCAAGUCGAGCAGAAAGUGAGGAGAACUGCUCUGGCAAAGAGGCUGGAUGACGACAUGGUCUGA